CCGAAGUUACUAUAUCAGAACUCCUUCCGAGGUAUAAGGAGCAUACCUCUAAUAACUCAAUUGCCGUGAACCCAUUGUUAUGUUUCUGGUACUAAGCAUCUCUCCAGCUGCAGAUUGACUGCAAUGUUCUUUCUACUUCAUUUCAUCGUCCUGAUGGAUGUCAAAGAUUUUGCAUGGACUGAAGGCAGUUCAAUCACGUCUUUGUGCCCCAAAGGAUAUUUUCCCUGUGGGAAUGUGACCCAGUGCUUACCCCGUGCUUUUCACUGUGACGGUGUAGACGACUGCGGGAACGGAGCCGACGAGGAGAACUGUGGAGACACUAGUGGAUGGGCGACUAUAUUUGGCACAGUCCAUGGAAAUGCUAAUAAUGUGGCAUUAACACAGGAGUGCUUUUUAAAUCAGUAUCCACAACGCUGUUACUGCAAAGAAACGGAGUUGGAUUGUAUAAAUGCUGGUUUGACGUCUGUGCCAACUGUUUCCAGCAAUGUGACUUUACUGUCUCUUAAGAAAAACAAUAUUCACAGUCUUUCAGAUAAAGUUUUCAUCAAAUACACAGAACUUAAAAAGAUAUUCCUUCAGCACAAUCGUAUUAGACAUAUAUCCAGGAAAGCAUUCUUUGGAUUACAUAAUCUGCAAAUAUUGUAUCUCAACCACAACUGCAUUACGACUCUCAGCCCUGGAGUAUUCAGAGACUUACACCGGCUAACGUGGCUAAUUCUGGACGACAAUCCCAUAACCAGAAUUUCACAGCGGUUGUUUGCUGGAUUAAAUUCCUUGUUUUUCUUGUCUAUGGUAAAUAACUACUUAGAAGCCCUUCCCAGGCAGAUGUGUGCCAACAUGCCUCACCUCAACUGGCUGGAUUUGGAAGGCAAUGGUAUAAAACACCUUACGAAUUCAACCUUUCUGUCGUGCGGUUCCCUCACGGUGCUGUUUCUGCCUAGAAAUCAAAUUGAUAUUGUUCCAGAGAAGACAUUUUCUUCAUUAAAAAAUUUAGGAGAACUGGACCUCUCUAGCAAUCUGAUAAUGGAGCUACCACCUCACAUUUUCAAAGACCUGAAGCUUCUACAAAAACUGAAUCUGUCGUCCAAUCCACUCUUGUAUCUCCACAAGAACCAGUUUGAAAGUCUUAAACAACUUCAGUCUCUAGACCUGGAAAGGAUAGAGAUUGCCAGUAUAAGCACACGGAUGUUUCAGCCCAUGAAGAAUCUCUCUCACAUUUAUUUCAAAAACUUUCGAUACUGCUCCUAUGCUCCCCAUGUCCGAAUAUGUAUGCCCUUGACUGACGGCAUUUCUUCAUUUGAGGACCUCUUGGCUAACAAUAUCCUCAGAAUAUUUGUCUGGGUUAUAGCUUUCAUAAUCUGCUUUGGAAAUCUUUUUGUCAUUGGCAUGAGAUCUUUCAUUAAAGCUGAAAACACGACUCACGCGACGUCCAUCAAAACCCUUUGUUGUGCGGACUGCCUGAUGGGCGUUUACUUGUUCUCCAUUGGCUUUUUUGACCUCAAAUACCGCGGGCAGUAUCAGAAGUACGCCUUGCUGUGGAUGGAGAGCUUGCAGUGCCGUCUGCUGGGCUUCCUGGCCAUGCUCUCCACCGAAGUCUCCGUCCUGCUGCUCACGUACUUGACUUUGGAGAAGUUCCUGGCUGUUGUCUUCCCCUUCAGUAACAUUCGUCCUGGCAAAUGGCAGACCUCGGGCGUCCUCAUUGGCAUCUGGAUUGUGGGAUUUUUGAUAGCUGCGAUUCCCUUUUGGAAGGAGGAUUAUUUUGGAAACUUUUACGGGAAGAACGGAGUAUGUUUCCCACUUUAUUAUGACCAAACAGAAGCCAUUGGAAGCAAAGGGUAUUCUCUUGGGAUUUUCCUAGGUGUGAAUCUGCUGGCUUUUCUCAUCAUUGUGUUUGCCUAUACUAUUAUGUUCUGUUCCAUUCAAAAAACUGCCUUGCAGACUUCAGAAGUGAGGAGUCCCACUGGAAGAGAGGUGGCUGUGGCGAACCGUUUCUUUUUUAUAGUGUUCUCUGAUGCCAUCUGCUGGAUUCCCGUAUUUGUCAUUAAAAUUCUCUCCCUCUUGCGGGUGGAAAUACCAGGCUCACUCACUUCCUGGGUGGUCAUUUUUUUCCUUCCGGUGAACAGUGCCUUGAACCCAAUCCUCUACACUCUCACAACCAGCUUUUUCAAGGACACGUUGAAACAGCUGCUGCACAACCAGCGGAGGAAAUCGAUUUUCAAAACGAAAAAAAAAAGUUUGUCCACGUCCAUCGUGUGGACCGAUGACUCCUCUUCACUUAAACUCGGGGUGUUGAACAAAAUACCCCUCGGGGACAAUAUAGUGAAACCACUUUCCUAGCAGUGGUUUUGGAGCCCUGGAUUCCAAUGGAUUGCCUAAACCAAGCACAGCAUUUGGAAGAUGGCAUCUGCCAGGCUUCUUUAGCAACAGCGAACCUUCCUGCACCGGGAGCACAGUGGGACGGCGUCGGGCACUGCCUCCCACGGCCGCCGCCCUGUGUACCAGCGGUGCUGAGAGCUGUCACUCAGGGUUCUUUUCACCCUGACGUGCCUGAAAUGCACACAGUAGGCUGAUAGGCAGCUGAUCUCCAGCUCGUCAACACGGCCAACCUACCAGCAGGUGCCUCACAUUGGCGCUGCAUGGUCUGCUUUUAAAUUGACUUGCGCACUGUCCGUGGAAUAAAGACAGUCACGGCAUCUAAUCCUAGUGUGGCCAUGAUGGCAUAAGCCUAACCUCGCUUUCCUUGCUUCUUCAAUGUCUCAUGAACUAUCAGCAUCCUGCUGAACUGGUGGGAAGGGUUUCUGAGAUGUCCACUCACCUCGAGCCCUGCCAUGUGGAGGCCCGUGGAGUAGCAGCUUUGAAAGCAGAACAAGGUUUUAAGGCUCACACACGACCCGAGAGGCACGCUGACCGGGCACCCAGUACCAUUCGCCUUUUAGGCUUGUACUUGAUGUCAGAUGAGCUGAGAUCUCGAGAUACCUUCCUUAAGACUGCCUGUGCUGCAAAGGAAAACUACGCCACCUGCCAAAAACUAACACAUUUUAAAGUGUGAUUUCUUUAGCGCGGUCUUGCUAUUGCUGGCAAGUUCUGCCUUCACAGAACACGGAUGAGAAGUGUUAAAGGGGAUUUAAGAAUACUGGACUCAAGAUAAAUCCUGUUGUUUUUUUAUUUAAAAAAAGGCCAGUAAGUUCGGAUUCGUUUUUUUGAACAUGGCAAGUACUUGUGAAGGCCUGGACAUGUUUUUAUACUGAAAGUUUAUAUGUGAAAAAGAAGA